UCCCCAGGAUCUGGAGGUCCCAUUGUACUUCCUUAAAAUCCAGGCAAUAAAAACUCACACACUGACCUACUUCAACAGCAGAAGAAGACGGUGUCAGACUCAGAGGACUUCACCAAACUCUUUGACUUUUGGAAAUAAGGAUGUUGUCGUGUGUGUGCGUGUUGCUGCUGGCUGCCACAGCUCUGGGCCAUCUGGAUGAAGCUACUCUGGACGCCCAGUGGGAAGAGUGGAAGACGAUACACAGGAGAGAAUACAAUGGCCUGGAUGAAGAGGGCAUCCGCAAGGCCAUCUGGGAGAAGAACAUGCGCAUGAUCGAAGCCCACAACCAGGAGGCAGUGCUGGGGAUCCACUCUUACGAGCUGGGCAUCAACCACCUGGGAGACAUGACGUCAGAGGAAGUGGUCGAGAAGAUGACCGGUCUGAGGACUCCCUUGAACCCUGACCGCAACUUCAGCAUGGCUCUGGAUGACGACGUGUCCAAGCUUCCCAAAUCCAUUGACUACCGCAAGAAGGGCAUGGUGACCCCAGUGAAGGACCAGGGAACCUGUGGCUCCUGUUGGGCCUUCAGUUCUGCCGGGGCCCUCGAGGGCCAGUUGGCCAAGACAACGGGUCAACUCGUGGAUCUCAGUCCUCAGAACCUGGUGGACUGUGUCAAAGAGAACGAUGGCUGCGGAGGAGGGUACAUGACCAAUGCCUUUAGGUAUGUGCAGGAAAAUGGAGGCAUUGACUCUGAGGAGAGCUACCCCUACGUCGGAGAGGACCAGCCGUGCCGCUACAAUUCGACAGGCAUGGCAGCCCAGUGCAAAGGCUAUAUGGAGAUCCCAAAGGGCAACGAGCACGCGCUGGCUGUCGCGCUCUUUAAAGUGGGUCCAGUUUCUGUGGGCAUCGAUGCCAUGCAGACCUCCUUCCAGUACUACAAGCGAGGUGUUUACUACGACCAAAACUGUGACAAAGACGACGUCAAUCAUGCCGUGCUGGCCGUGGGCUACGGAGUAACCCCCAAGGGGAAGAAGUACUGGAUUGUCAAGAACAGCUGGAGUGAAAGGUGGGGCAACAAAGGCUAUAUCCUGAUGGCACGUAACCGUGGCAACCUCUGCGGCAUCGCCAACCUUGCUAGCUACCCAAUCAUGUGAAGGCACAGGUGUGGAUGAAGGAUGAAGGGGCUUUGCUUAGACUACUACACACAUAAGAAAUACACUUGGAAAUGUUCGUUGAGUUCAUUUCAACAUGUCAGUGACCACUACAAAAAAAUACCGUAUAUCGCUUUGUUUACACAGACUUUUCAAACAGCAAAUUUAUAUCUUGAUUGUUAAACACUUAAAGAAAUUCAAAUUGGACUGGUUUGACAUUUUGGAAUUCCAGUGAGGAAAAGGGGUUAAAUGUUGCAUAAUCUUGGAUUCCGACAUUGAGGACAUUUGGUUAUCUUGAGUUAUAUGAAGCACUUUGAACCCCUCAAGUCUUUGCAGUUUAUCUCCAAAGCAGCAGACCUCCACUGAUCCACGAAUAAACAUGUCCACUCUCAGUACCUUCAGGGCAUUGUGUUGGUGGAGAACUCCUAACCCGGAACAUGGGUUAGUUUUGUGCCAGAGCGCCAAGUUAAAUUUAUAAACCCACAGAACACAUUUUAUAAUAUUUGGCCUGUGGUUGAUGACAGUUUCAGCCCCUAGUUUUAGUGAUAUUUUGUAUGAAAACUACCAGAUAGGAAGCAUUGCUGGGCAAUAGGAGCUUCUCCCUUCCUGUUGAUGAAGAGUCAGUUCUUAUGAAUCUUUAUUUUUUCUCUUGAUCAUGUGGACUGCUGUUGUUGUGUUCAGCACUUUUCGAAUGAUUCAACUGUAAACUGAUGUUUUCUAUGAAAUUGAAUAAACAUUUCAUUUUGAAGUUGA